CUCGAUUUUUCCCAACUCCCAUCCCUUGUAUUUGCCAUUGUGUCUCUUUAAGCUAUUUCCUUUAAGAUGCUCACCCUCACGCACCAAUAAACAAAAAUAAUCGGCGAAGACCUACCUCACGAAGACCGAAAAAAGACGACCUCCGCCCAGAAUGUCCUCUAUCGCUCGCCCCCCGGACCCCUGCCUGGUCGCCAUCAUCCUCAUCGUCCGCUCGCGCGCCGGCCCCCGCUUCGUCUUCCACUACCCGCCCAACCCGCUCAGCGAGAACGGCUUCCGCUCCGCAUCCUCCUCCAAGGCGGCAUCGUCGUCCUCGAUCUCCUCGCGACGCGCCUCGCGCUCCAAAGCCACGUCCUCCUCCAAACGCGAUCCCAACGAGUCUAGUUCCAGUGAGGAGAGCGGGACGUCCUCGGAUGAGGACGAGGAGGAAAUCAUCCUCCCCCAACAGCAGCAGCAGCAGCAGCAGCUCAACCAGUCGUCGUCGUAUGUGGUUGGUGGGGGCGGGAAUAGUGGGGUGAAUAGUCGUCGGCCGAGUAGUUUUGGGCUCGGUGGUGGUGGUGAUGAUGGAGUAGGAGGGACGGGGGGAGGAGGAGGACGAGCGGGAAUCGCUGGGUCGCCGGGUGCGGAGUCGCAGAGGGCUGGGUCUAUUGGGUCCGGGAGAGGGUUGUUGCGCGGUGGUGCGGGGAGUAUCAAGCAACGCGGGGCGAAUUCGGAUGUCGAGGAUGAGAUAUCGAUUGGGGAGAAGGGGGAGGACGAUGUGGGAAGUGUGGGCUUAGGGGUCGGUGGUGGUGUUGGUGGAGGGCAAGGAGGAGGUGGAGGUGGGAGUACUGGGACUCAGGGUGAUGGCAGUAGUGGUGUUGGUGGUGGCAGUGGAGGAGCCAGUCGAGGUGGCAACGGGGCACGUCCGCCCUGGGAGACGUUGCUGGGACUCCCUGCUGAUGUCUGGGAGAAGCUGUUGAGCCCGUCGCGGUCGUGGCAUAAACGGCGCUUCGAGGUCGGUAUCAACGACCUUGCCUUCGUGGGGUGGCCGGUGUUCGUUCGGGAGGACGGCAUGUGGAGGAAAGAGAGGCGCAAGAAGAGGAAGCCCCGUGCGACUUGGGAGGGAGGGGAGCUUGGUCAUAAUGAAAAGCCCGAGGAUGAUGACGAGGACGAUGCUCGAGGGGAGGCGGCCGCGGACCUCCUGGCGGCUUCAACGGAGACGUUGAGUCCCAAGCAGAUGACCCCCGCGGAAUCUCAGCGCGCAUCAAUCACCAGCAUCCAUUCGACCAGGGCGGCAAGUGAAUCGCUGGAUGGAGAUGAUAAGGAUUCCAUGACUAUGUUCAAUGUGGUUUUCGUGCUGGAUCCGCCGCUAUUGGAGUAUUCCAUGCGCCUCCGCGAAAUCUACGAUAACAUCAUUAAGAAGUUCUCCAAGGCGUUGAAGUGGGAGCAAGCGCGAACGGACUACGUGUGGAGGGAAGCUCGCCAUAUCUCGCACAUCAAGGAGAAGGCGAAGGAAAAGGGAAUGUCCAUCAACAAUCUCUACGCAGACCUUGUUCACCAGUCAUCCCUGGCCAGGGCCAUCUACACCGUGUACACGAGCAUUUCAGCAUCAAAGAUUGCAUCCGUCACCCUGAGUGCGGACGUUUCCAUCUCCUUGCAAAUCCCCCCUUUGACAUCGACGCCAUUCCUCGCAGGACCGACUGAUAAGGCGUAUCCUGGCCUCUGGCUCACAACCGCAGACAGUGUCACGCCGGUUGAUGACCCUACUGCUGACGAGAACGCUGCGCCGCAUCAGGUAUUAGCCAAGCACUUCGCUUUAUUGCUACUGGACAACGAAGCAACCAUCCUGAAGGAUGUCGAGGCUUCUGGGGGUGCUUUGGCCCCUGCGCUUGCACAUUAUAUACGUUGCUCGAAGCCUACCAAGUCAUUCGCCCAAAUCGCCGUGACUUCCGGCAUACCACUGUCCACAAUCCAGAUGCUUGCGAGCCAUUUGGUGUACUGGCGAAGAGCGCGGGCGAUCCCCCCGCUUCAUCAGAGAGACACCUAUGUUGUCUCACCAAAUUGCGAUCUGAGCAAAUUGGAAGUGGCGACAGCUGCCUACCAAGCGGCAUUCCCAACUCUGCCUAGUCUUCCUAAGAUGCUAUCGGCCAUGAGCGGAACCCCCAGACCGUACGGAAGCUUUAUCCCCAGCAAAGACCACAAAGUCACGUACUUCGCCAUAUUGGCGUGGCUGCUGCGAGGGGGUUGGGUUACCCAGCUGCGCGCGUUUGCAAGGGUUAAAGUGUCUCCGGAGAUCAAGCUGGCGGUCGAGGCAGCCAUUCGCCGGGAAGAGGUCGACAAGUAUUUGAGCAAGAGCGUCGUCAAGUCGGAGGCGGAGAACAUUGAUGAUGAUGAUGCAAGCUCAUCCUCGUCAUCGUCCCUCGAUAGUCAAGAUAGCGGGGAAGAGACCCCGAUGCCUGGCCGGCACAAACCAGGAAAGAAGCUAGACUUGUCCUAUUCGUUGCUGGAUCGGAAGACAUCGCUGAGGACGUCUUCUCUACUUUUAUUCCCCCAUCGCGCCUCGCCGCUCGAAUCCAGAUGGUUGGAUGAGAUCAUGUCGCGAUUCCCUGAGCGCGAUGGACCGAGUACUGGUCGAGACGGCGUCAACUCCGAUGGCCCCGACGCGGACCUAGACCUCGUGGAGCUGCACCCAUCUUUGAAGAAAUACUGGCCUCGUUUCAUCAAAUAUUUCAACGGAUAUGACGCGCUGGAGAAGAUUCCGGUCCGCGAGAACUUGAAGCGCAAGUUGGUGUGGCAGCUUCUCACGCGUCUCGGACUGGUGACAGGGCAGCAGUCGUCCGUCGAGCUGGAUCCCAGAGAGCAAGUCCUGGUCAGUGUGCGUCAUUGGUGAGGACGAAUAGGAUAAUUAUAUUGAUGAAUAAUGAACCAUACACUUGGGGAGUAAUAAUGGUGACUC